GCGUUGGACCCUUUGCGGUGCAACUUUCUCAUCGUUAUUCCAGUUCUUUUGUUGUCGAUUACAGUGGGAAUUGGCCGAACCUCUGCCAAUAUGCGCUUUUUCCCUGGAUUACCUUUGCUCCUGUUCAGCACAGGUAGUGUUGCAAGGAAUAUAGUCUUUCCUCCAAUCCACGAGGUGACAGGGCAGGCAUCUCUCAGCAAUGACGGUGUAGCUGAUGAUAUCGAUAUUGUGACUGGGAGCCAGUUUUCCGGGCUAUCAACGUUCGCUCAUGUCCCAUAUGUGAACUGCUUCAUAGAUGGCGAGGCAGAGAAAGAAAAAUAUGAUAUUGCCAUACUGGGAGCUCCAUUCGACACGGCUGUAACUGCUCGGCCAGGAGCAAGAUACGGACCUGGAGGUAUCCGCCGGGGCUCAGCGAGAAUGAGAGCGGGUUCCGCCUGGAGCGUGUAUAGUGGAGUAAAUAACCUCCGUAGCUGGGCAAAGAUCGUUGACUGUGGCGAUGCGCCGCUCACAUUUUUGGACAAUACUAUCGCGUUGAAGCAACUUGAUAAAGCUCACAAGGUCGUCUCAUCACGGAUAGCAAACACAACAGAUGUUUCCUCUGUUCCAAGAAUCAUUACCCUUGGAGGUGACCACACAACAACUCUUUCCGCAUUACGGUCGACAUACGAGAAAUGGGGACCGGUGUCUGUCGUUCAUUUCGAUAGCCACAUCGACACUUGGGAUCCGGAGGUCUUAGGGGGUGGAGUUUCUAGCUACGCGGGCGUAAACCACGGCACCUUCUUACAUAUUGCCCAUGAAGAAGGACUUGUUCAAAAUAACUCAAUUCACGUCGGCAUUCGUGCUCCCCUCGUCCGAGAAAAAGGCGAUCUUCGAAAUGAUGUCCGCUGCGGUUUUGACAUCGUUACCGCCCGCGACAUAGAUAUGAUCGGCGCAUCGGGGAUCAUUGAAAAGAUCAAGAACCGUGUUGGGUCAGACAAUGUGUAUAUCAGCGUUGAUAUUGACGUCCUUGAUCCCGCCUUCGCACCAGCAACUGGCACUGCUGAACCCGGUGGUUUCUCCACCCGAGAGCUGCUCACUAUUCUGGAUGGCCUAAGCGGGCUUCGCGUCAUUGGUGGAGAUGUAGUGGAAGUCGCUCCCGUUUAUGACACAACAGGCGAGACGACGGUGCUUGCGGCGGCCGAAGUUGCUAACUCCUUAUUGGGGCUCAUGAUCGCGAAGCCUGUCCCUAAUGAACGGAAAUAAAGAGGUCAGAUUAUUGAAAAAUUUCGCAGAUUCAGAAUUCCAAAUCUUCCGCCGAUAUACUCGUGUCAUGAGACAACCACUGGGUUUUCAUGAGUACCCCCUCCGCCCCGGAAUAGAUAUCGUGUCAAUGUUUAAAACCUUUGUAGUUCUUUAGUGCCAGUUUACAAUAUCCCCGUUCCAACCACAGAUGUCGGAUAUACAUAUACCUUGCACCAAAUUUACAGAGCUGAGGCCUAAACCUUGUGUCUUGAGAUUGCUGGUGCAUUUGAAUUUUGGGUAAAUUUCUCUUGAACAAAACUUUAUACGCUCCAGUCGCCCAGCUACUCUGCAG